AAGACCCAGUUGUACUUUGGAAUACAACAAAGAGGUAUUAAUUGGUAAACUCAUCCAUCAUACUCGAAAAGGGGAUCAUUAAAAAAAGUGCAAACUUUUAAUGAAUGGCAAAGUUUGCUCAAGUAACGUUUAUCGAGAGGUUGGCCACUUCGCCGCUGUGCUUAGAGUGAAAGGACCCGUCAGCUACGAAGUAAACACUAGGACGAUCGAAGACGAAAUAGUCCGGCUCAACCAUGGCCAUGGGAACUUGUAGUAGAGAAUACAAAAGAGCUGUCAUGCGAAAUACAGCAGCAGGAGGUAACUUGCAGAAUAGUUUAGACAGUCUCGAAGAUCAGAAGAAGCGUCUCGUGCGCUCUUUUGAGGAGAAGAAGCUGAAUUUUAUAGAAAAAAAAGGAACACUUCCAAAACUUUUCUCUUCGCUCGGGCAGACUGGAGGAAUGGAGCGCAGCAAACGUGGUCAACUCACGAAACAGCUUUCAGAUAGUUCAGCGUUAAAUGAGUCUCGUGAAAGGAGAUUGAAGGAAACAUUCUCAUCUACGAACGACAUGGUGAAUUUUAACAAGCAAAACCAUCAAAUAUCAAAUACUGCAGCAGAGCAAGACGACACUCUGUUGCCGCCUGCCAUAGGAUCCAGUGCACGACUACAAUACUCUGCGGGGCGAAGGAGACACAGCGAUAACCUCUCGAGCGAGAAGCCGAAAACACCAUUAGCACCAACCCUCUCGUUACCAUCAGAAUCAACAGAAUGGAAAGAGGAGCAGGAGGCAUAUGGCUCCGACCCAGAGCUGGGUACAUUCAAGACCAGAUUAAGAGUUCCAGCUCCUUACACAAGUCUGGGGACGCAGUUGCCACUUUCACCACUUCUACAAAGGAAGGCCUCACGCCCCUCCAAGCCUCAGUUAAGUCCUUUAGACGUGGCAGCAGAAAGGCAAUGUGUAUCGCUGCCUGCCUCUCCCCGUUUUCAGCGCCGACGUGCAGAGAGCUGGGAUCAGGCAAAAAGCCAAGAGUUGAGGUUAAAUGACCUUGCAGAGUUCUCGAGCGAAGGACCGAAACUUCGCUCGAUGAGCUUGGCUUGUGAGAAAAUCGAAAGCGGCAAACAGGAUGUAGGGAAGCUGCCACCGCGUGUACCAGCGUCACCACAAAUUUCCCCACGAAGACAGCGCGGUUUUCAACCUCUCGGGGCUGACCAAUUACAGUCUUCUCCUCAAGAGGGUUCAUUUAUUUUACCAAAACUGGAAGCACGAGGUUCAUUAUCUAGUAUGUUGGACGAAAAUGGGAAAGAGAGAGUCCAGAGACGAGUGUUCAGUCUAGUGGCAGAUAAUGCUACAAGAGAAACAUCCCCGCGGAGAGAAGCACUCGAACUACAAAAUUUGUCUCCCAGGACAGAAAGAAAACUCAGGAACUUCUUAAAUUCCGAGAACGGAUGGCUAACCGGGUUUUCCUCUAAGCAUGAGGGGCUUGAAGAUAUAGUGGAAGAUGGCAAAGGCCUACAAAGACCAGAAGCAGAAGACGAGGAGUGUACUUGGAACAGCGAUAUUGAUGACGAUGAUGACGAAACAAUUGGUCAAAAGAAGAUUCAUUCACUGGAGGAGAUUAAACACACGCGUUAUCUGCGCAUGAAGUCACCAGUUCAUUGGCUACCGAAAAUGGGAAAUGUGCCAAAGCAUUUGCUUUCGUCGUCAAUUAUUGUAGGACACACGAAAGUAGGUUUCGAAUCAAUUUCCCGACCUCAGAGAGAUAAAGAUGUCGAUAACCUUGAUGAGAGCGUGAGCUGUGAUGAAAUAGAAAACAGCGAGGAGGGGAAUGAAACUGAUGGAGAAUCCAAACUGGAGCCAAAGAAAAACGAAAACAACAAUGAAACUUAUUGGGAUAAUUCAGAGCUUAAGGAGAACUCAACUAGCGGUUGCAAUUAGUGUUGCUCAGGCUGGAUGAAGGGUUUCUUUCAUACAUCGCACACCCUAAGGGCUACCUGUAACACAGCAGUCAAACAUCGGGCAUGCGCGAGGAAUCAUCUCUGACCGGCUGCGCGCCAAUUUCCCAAUUUCAAAGGAGAACAAUUUUCAGAAAUAGCCAAAGAAAACUGAAAAGUUCAUAGAAAUCUGUAAAAGGAAGCAAUAGUACGGAAAAGGAAAACUCGAGACAUCGAACCCAAAGCUUAAUCCGGCAGGGGUAUACUGUUGAUUUACGAUUCUGUUUUGAUCUUUACCGAAAAAGUUCUACCAAGCUAUUUUGCACAUGUACAGAUGUUUGACCGCUGUGUUGCCCUCUGCGCACUCAGUCAGGUACUAAGCAACCAAUUUGAAUUAGACUUUCUUGGAUAUAAACAAAAACCAAAAGUACACUUGUUUCUUGAAUGAACAUAUAUGUUCAUUACCAAAAAGUGCAA